AUGAAGUCUUACUGGAUCAUCUUUGGCGCUGCCGCGUUUGUUUCCGCGCAAGAGGACCCGGAAUCUCGGCGCCAAAGUUACCCCAACUGUGUCAAUGGAACCCUCUCCACUAACAAGGUUUGCGACCGCACGCUGUCGCCCCCCGAGCGUGCAGCGGCAUUGGUAGAAGCUCUCACCGUCGAAGAGAAGCUUCAAAAUCUGGUCAGCAAAUCACAAGGCGCCCCCCGCAUCGGCCUGCCCGCCUACAAUUGGUGGAGUGAGGCCCUUCAUGGAGUUGCAUAUGCUCCUGGUACCUACUUUCCCCAAGGCAAUGUCGAAUUCAACGCUUCCACGUCAUACCCCAUGCCCCUCUUGAUAGCUGCCGCCUUUGACGACGACUUGAUAGAAAGGAUCGGUACCGCCAUCGGCAUCGAGGCCAGGGCCUGGGGCAACUCUGGCUGGGCAGGGUUCGACUACUGGACGCCGAAUGUGAACGCCUUCAAGGAUCCUCGAUGGGGACGUGGCUCUGAGACGCCGGGCGAGGAUGUUCUCCGGAUCAAGCGGUACGCCGAGUACAUCACCAGAGGGCUGGACGGUCCGAUCCCAGACGAGCAGCGCCGCAUCAUCUCGACUUGCAAGCACUACGCUGGAAACGACUUUGAGGACUGGAACGGCACUACGAGGCACGAUUUCAACGCAAACAUCACAAUGCAGGACCUCGCCGAGUACUACCUCAAGCCCUUCCAACAGUGCGCCCGCGACUCCAAAGUCGGCUCCAUCAUGUGCGCCUACAACGCCGUCAAUGGCGUGCCAUCCUGUGCCAACACGUACCUCCUACAGACCAUCCUCCGAGAGCACUGGAAGUGGACCGAGCACAACAACUACGUCACGAGCGACUGCGAGGCCGUGCUGGAUGUGUCGGCAAACCAUCACUACGCCCCUACCAACGCGGCCGGGACUGCUCUCUGCUUCGAGGCUGGCAUGGAUACGAGCUGUGAAUACACCGGCAGCUCAGACAUCCCUGGCGCCUGGUCGCAGGGUCUUCUCAAAGAGGAGACGGUCGAUAUGGCCCUUCUGCGCCUUUAUGAAGGUCUUGUGCGAGCAGGCUAUUUUGAUGGCCAAGAGGCCAUCUAUGCUGGUCUUGACUGGGAGCAUGUCAACUCCCCCGAAGCCCAAAAUCUCGCUUUACAGGCUGCCGUGGAGGGUAUGGUGCUUCUCAAGAAUAAUGGCACCUUGCCGCUGGACUUGAAUCCUUCUCACAAGAUCGCCAUGAUUGGCUUCUGGGCUGAUGCGCCGGACAAGCUUCAAGGAGGGUACAGUGGUCGCGCGCACCACCUGUACUCCCCAGCCUUUGCUGCACAACAGCUCGGCCUCGAUAUCACAGUGGCUGGUGGCCCCAUCCUGCAAAACAGCAAUGCCAGCGACAACUGGACGACGAAUGCUCUGGAGGCGGCACAAGGGGCCGAUUACAUCCUAUACUUUGGCGGCCUCGACACCUCUGCUGCAGGCGAAACCUUGGACAGAACCAAUCUCGACUGGCCCGAGGCACAGCUGACUCUGGUGAAGAAGCUGAGCGAGCUCGGCAAGCCGCUCGUGGUGACUCUUCUCGGUGACCAGCUUGACGAUACGCCUCUGUUGGAGCUUGACGAGGUUAGCUCGAUCCUUUGGGCGAACUGGCCAGGUCAAGACGGUGGCGUCGCCGUAAUGAAGCUCAUCACGGGGCAAGAGAGCCCAGCGGGUCGUCUUCCGGUGACGCAGUACCCGUCGAGCUAUACGGAACAGAUCCCCAUGACGGACAUGAACCUGCGGCCAACCUGCAAGUAUCCCGGGCGCACUUACAGAUGGUACAAUAACUCCAUCAAGCCCUUCGGCUUUGGUCUGCACUACACGACAUUCAAAGCCGAGGUUGCCACGAGCUUCCCCGAUACCCUCAAGAUUGCCGACCUCGUCGGCCGCUGCACGAACGAGUUUCCCGACACAUGUGAGGCGCCGCCGCUACCGGUCUCCAUCACCAACACAGGCAACCGCACCUCUGAUUACGUGGCGCUCGUUUACUUGUCUGGGCAGUAUGGACUGAAGCCAUAUCCGAUCAAGACGCUUUCAGCCUAUACACGUCUCCGCGGAAUCGCACCGGGGCAGACAACGACCGCGGAGUUGAAGUGGACGGUUGGUGAUAUCGCGAGGCACGACAGGGAGGGAAACACGGUGCUUUACCCAGGCAGGUACACAAUCACGGUUGACGAGCCGACGUUGACAACGGCUACUUUUGUUCUAGAGGGCGACGCGGUUGUGCUUGACAAAUGGCCCGCGCCUCCUGGGUAG